AUGAAACCAGUAAAGAAAGAGCCACUGUCUCUAGAGGAACUGCUUGCCAAAAAGAAAGCAGAAGAAGAAGCUCGCAGUAAACCAGUUUUCUUAACAAAAGAGCAAAGAGCUGCUCUAGCUUUAGAAAGGCGGCAAAAGCAAGUGGACGCUAUUAGAGCUAACACUGACAGGCCUUCUAUAACUACAAUAGAUCUCACAGGCCCAUCUAAAAGAGAAGAAGAAAUGAAGAAAUAUAGAGAUGAAAGAGAAGCUAUGAGAGAAAAAGAAAGAGAGAGACGGGAUGAGAGAGAAAGGGAAAGAGAAAGGAAAUAUGAGGAAAGAAAGUCUAUGAGUGAUCGCAGAGAAGAUAAGAAAGAAAAAAAUGAAGAAGUUUCAAAAACAAAAGAUAAGGAACGUGAAGAAGAGGCCAUCAAGGCUCGUUACCUAGGCAUUGUAAAGAAAAAACGCAGAGUAAGAAGAUUGAAUGACCGUAAAUUUGUUUUCGAUUGGGAUGCAUCUGAAGACACAUCAAAUGAUUACAAUGCACUUUAUAAAGAAAGACAUCAAGUGCAGUUCUUUGGCCGUGGUCACAUUGCUGGUAUUGAUAUAAAGUCACAGAAGAAAGACUACAGCAAGUUCUAUGGUAACCUAUUAGAGAAACGCAGGACAGAACUAGAAAAGGAACAGGAGAAGUUACGUCUUAAGAAAGUUAAAAAGAAGGAAGAUAAGCAAAAAUGGGAUGAUCGUCAUUGGUCUGAAAAAGAUCAAGAUGAAAUGACAGAAAGGGAUUGGCGUAUUUUCAGAGAAGAUUAUAACAUCACCAUUAAAGGUGGCAAGAUUCCAAAUCCUAUCAGAAAUUGGAAGGAAGCUGGCUUCCAUCCUGAUAUUAUGGAAAUUAUUGGCAAAGUUGGCUAUAAAAGUCCAACACCUAUUCAAAGACAGGCUAUUCCUAUUGGUUUACAAAACAGAGAUAUCAUUGGUGUUGCAGAAACUGGUUCGGGUAAAACAUUAGCAUUCCUUAUACCUCUACUUACUUGGAUUCAAUCUCUCCCGAAAAACGAGCGUUUGGAAGAUGCUGAUCAAGGGCCAUAUGCUAUUAUUUUAGCUCCGACACGUGAGUUGGCGCAACAGAUAGAGGAAGAGACAAAUAAAUUUGGAAUUCCUUUGGGUAUUACAUCUGUUGUUGUAGUGGGAGGUCUGUCAAGAGAGGAACAGGGUUUCAAACUCAGAUUAGGAUGUGAAAUAGUUAUUGCGACACCUGGUCGUCUUAUCGAUGUCUUAGAAAACAGAUACUUGGUCCUAAACCGUUGUACGUAUGUAGUCCUCGACGAAGCUGAUCGUAUGAUAGACAUGGGUUUCGAACCUGAUGUCCAAAAAAUUCUGGAAUACAUGCCAGUUUCUAACAUCAAACCAGAUUCAGAUGCUGCUGAAGACGCCUCAGUUUUGUUAGCUAACUACAAUUCUAAAAAGAAAUUCAGACAAACUGUGAUGUUUACAGCUACUAUGCCUCCCGCAGUGGAGCGUUUAGCGAGGAGUUAUUUGCGUAGACCAGCUAUAGUAUACAUUGGCUCUGUUGGCAAACCUGUAGACCGAACAGAACAAGUUGUUUACAUGAUCGGUGAGAAUGAGAAACGUAGAAAGCUGACGGAGAUAUUACAGAGAGGAGUCGAACCUCCGAUUAUUAUUUUCGUCAACCAGAAGAAAGGAGCAGAUGUCCUGGCUAAAGGUUUGGAAAAGUUGGGUUUCAAUGCGUGUACACUGCACGGUGGUAAAGGACAAGAACAGCGUGACUUUGCACUUGCCAGUCUUAAGAAUGGUUCGAAAGACAUUCUGGUUGCAACAGAUGUCGCUGGUCGUGGUAUUGACAUCAAGGACGUCAGUAUGGUUAUCAAUUACGACAUGGCGAAGACUAUAGAAGACUAUACGCAUCGUAUCGGUCGUACUGGUCGUGCGGGCAAAACUGGUAAAGCUAUGUCAUUCGUCACGAAAGAAGAUUCGGCGUUGUUCUACGACCUUAAGCAAGUGUUGCUUGCGAGUUCUGUGUCUACGUGUCCGCCUGAGCUGAUGAACCAUCCCGAGGCUCAACAUAAGCCUGGUACGGUAGUCACGAAGAAGAGGCGAGAGGAAAUGAUAUUUGCAUAA